GGAGGGGGACGGCUACAGGCGGGGCCUGUCGGUGGCCGGUGCGGAGAGGGACGAGCGCUGCCGUGGUAACCACUGCCGCUCCCCACCAGCUUCAGACAGGAACCGGUGGGGAGCAUCCUGCAGCUGGGGACGGGGAUGGCUUCAGCGCAGUUGAGAUGACUGCAGGAGCGGAUUCCGAAUCGGGACGGGAUGCCGGGAGAGCGGGACUUGUCUACCUGCUGACUGGCGGCAGCGGCUUCGUGGGGCGGCAUCUGGCUCGGAUGUUGGCGGAGAGAGAACCGGACCUGAAAGAACUCCGUGUCCUCGAUAUAACGCUGGACCCAGAGUUACACUCCCUCAACUCAGGUGAACCGGGGCUGGGGGAGAGAGACACAGACAGGCAUAGAGGGCGAGGCACAGAGAGAGAGAGGGGAGCGAGAGAGUCACAGACAGAGAGAUCGGGAGACAGUGAAAAACUAGAGAGAAAAAUAGAGAGAGAGAGAGAGAGAGAGAGAACUGGUGUGUAUGGAGAGGGCAACCCAAUCAUGGAGAACUUGUACCGAACGGUGAUGAGAUUCGGUGGAAAGAGGCUACGCUUGGCUGACAAAGACAUCGAGCACGGCCGUGUAUAUGUGGGGAACGUGGCGUGGAUGCAUCUCUUGGCCGCCCGAGCCUUGCGACAGAACCCCGGCCUCGUGGGCGGCGAAGCCUACUUCUGUUAUGACGAGUCCCCUUACCUGAGCUACGAGGACUUUGACCAGUUGCUGCUGGGCUCGGCGGGUGUGCGUUUGGUGGGCCGGGAGCCCGUGCUGCCCUUCGGCCUCCUCUAUCUGCUAGCCCUCACGUUCGAAACCCUCCAAUGGAUCCUACGGCCCAUCGCCAAGUUUGAGGCCGCCUUCAACCGCUGCACGCUCACCAUAGUAACCACUGCCUUCUCCGUAAGCACAAAUAAAGCUGCUCGCCAUCUUGGUUAUGCCACCCUUGUGCCCUGGCACCAAUGCCAAGCUCGUACAGUGGCUUGGGUAAAAAGCCUCGCUCAAACCGGGCCUGGGCGUGGGCCUGCAAUUUAGCUCAUUUUAGAAUGUUAGAAAAAUAGGUGCAGGAGUAGGGCAUUCGAGCCAGCACCGCCAUUCAAUAUGAUCAUGGCUGAUCAUCUAAAAUCGCUGCCAUGUACUCGCUUUCUCCCAUGUCCCUUGAUUCCGUUAGCUGUAAGAGCUAAAUCUAACUCCCUCUUGAAAACUUCCAGUGAAUUGCCCCCACUGCCUUCUGUGGCAGAGAAUCCCACAGAUUCACCACCCUCUGGGUGGAAUGAUUUCUCCUCAUCUCAUCCUAAAUGGCCAAUCCCUUAAACUGUGUGGCCCCUGGUUCUGGACUCGCCCAACAUCGGGAACAUGUUUCCUGCAUUUUGCCUGUACAAUUCAUGAAGAAUUUUCUGUUUCUCUAAGAUUAUAGAGAUACAAAGUGGAAACACAUAGAAUCUCUUGCCCAGUGAAAGAGUUAAAUAGAAACAUAGAAAUUAGGUGCAGGAGUAGGCCAUUCGGCCCUUCGAGCCUGCACCGCCAUUCAAUAUGAUCAUGGCUGAUCAUCCAACUCAGUAUCCCGUACCUGCCUUCUCUCCAUACCCCCUGAUCCCCUUUGCCACAAGGGCCACAUCUAACUCCCUCUUAAAUAUAGCCAAUGAACUGGCCUCAACUACCCUCUGUGGCAGAGAAUUCCAGAGAUUCACCACUCUCUGUGUGAAAAAAGUUCUUCUCAUCUCGGUUUUAAAGGAUUUCCCCUUUAUCCUUAAGUCCCCCUUUAUCCUUAAUGAAGUCGUAGGUUACAAAAUGGACGCUUAACCUUUCCUCUCUAAACUAGCUGGAUUUCAGUACAAUAACAUUAGAUGCUUUGCCUUAUAACAGUAACACUAACUAGAAUACAGCACAGUAACAUGAAUCUUUUGCCUUUCUUCUAUUUUAGACAAGCGAGAUUUCAGCACAAUAACACUUGAUAUUUUGCUCUAUGAUAUAAACAAUCAGAAAAAUGUUCAGACAACUUGGUUCUUAACCUCUACUCUACAGAUUGUAAUGUACAAACAAUUAAUCAACAAGGUCAAAAAACAAGAAUGCUUAUCUGCAAAAAAUAGCUCCUUCAGCAUAACCAUAUAUGGGCUAACCUUUCCUCUAUCGGAAGCACCUGUCAAUAUUCUGAUUUUAACCAUGUAUGGACAAGGCAAGAGGCUGCACAAUGCUCUCUAAGAUAAAGAAUUUCUGAUUAUUAGGGUAUAAAUAUAUCUGAUUGAACAUUACCUCGGUGUGUGUACAGAGGGACUCUGUAGUAUGCGUUUACAUACUAUGAGAGCUGUCCUCCCACACCCGCCUGGCAAAAUAAAGACGUUACUGUAUUACUAA